GCCAAUCAACUUGACUGACAUGUCAGACGGCCAAUGACUGGCCGUGAAGCGCUCCUCGGUGCUCCAAUCAUUUAACGCGAUAACAGUUGCCGGGCUAGUGGAAGCCUUUUCCUCUUCACUGCAACGUGUAUUUUGUACGACCAAAGACUUGAUUUCGUUUUCCUGCAAUGGGUCGCCGCAAGUCCAAAAGAAAGCCCCCUCCGAAAAAGAAGAUGACGGGAGAUCUGGACUCUCAGUUCACCUGUCCCUUCUGCAACCACGAGAAGUCAUGUGAUGUCAAAAUGGAGAGGAGCAGGAAUACUGGGAUAAUAUCGUGCACAGUCUGCUUGGAGGAGUUCCAGACUCCCAUUACCUAUCUGUCAGAGCCAGUUGACGUGUACAGUGAUUGGAUAGAUGCCUGUGAAGCCGCCAAUCAGUAGCCCCCAUGGAGCCGGAUGUCUUUCAGGAAUGGGAGGAGGAUGUGGCUUGUGGUCCAGGGCCCAUUAGGAUUAAGCCGGUCAGAGGACAUUUGUGAAACUCUUAUUAUUCUCAGGUUUUCCAGAUGGUCACUCAAGAAGUACAACUGUGUGAACAGCAGUUUCACUGAGGUAUUCGGCACAAAGUAGCCCUCUGGCUUUCCCCUUUCUAUCUAAGCCAAUCUGACUGUUGAGAUUUUAGUAGUUAUGGAUGAUUCCAAAAAAGGGUGUCCUUUUUAUUUAGUUUUUUAACAGCUAGAUAGUGUUAGCUGCAUAAAUAUAAUUUUGAACAGAGGCCUGUAUUGUAGUAGUCUCAUACACUCUGACACUACUGUAGUUGAAGAGGUUCAUUUCCAGGUAGGCUGCACUGCCAGACCUACCAAAAAGUUAGGUAGGAGUGAACUUUGCCUUUGGUUCAAUGUCAACACCAUUCAGGUUUGACGAUGCAGGUUGUGUUCACAAUAAUAAUUACCCACAGCUCUCAUCCUCCUCUUAAAGUCAGUUGUCACAACAUGAGGUGAGAGGAAUGACAGUGUGUAAGAUUUAUGCUUAGCUGCUACAUUCAAAGGUUCAAUUGUUAUUAAAUCAUUGAGACUUUUCAGUUGAUUUUAUGUUUUUAGCUUACAUGUUCAAGAAAUAAACAUUUUUAAGUAUUAAUGAUGUUUGUUAUUUAGUGCAUAUGUACAGAUUAGUAUGAUCUUAUCCUGAAAUCAAGUGUUCAUUUUGGGUGUUUAUUUUCCUAUUCAACAGCCAUCAAGUCUUGAAUAGCAUAAAAGCAAGCUGUUUUCUAAACAUGAAUUUGAUAAUCUUGAAAUAAAGGAGCAAUAAGACUCGUUAACAGUUAA